AUUCAUUUACCACCACCAUCAAUGGCAACCUUAACCGUGUCGGCAAAGAUUUCGCCAUUCCCCUUUGCUGCAGUAGCGAUAGCAGCGUAUACUCAAAAAGCUGAGAUCGUGUACGAUGAGGCAGUUACUGGACCAGUCCUGGAUCUGAAUGGAUCGACCAUCACCGUUGAAGAAGACAUCGUUCACGCAUUAUCCAAGGCAGGUGGCCUCUCCGAAGACAGCUCCAAGACAGCUACUUUUUUUGCACUAGCAAAGACCUUGCUCACUACAACUACGGUCCCGAAAAUCAUCACUGCUCUCGAUUCAUUAGACGACCAUCUUGCGUUUAGGACCUUCCUUGUUGGACACGACCUUACUGCAUCAGAUUGGAUACUAUGGGGGACCUUGAAAGGCAACAUCAAGAUCAUCGGUCUUCUCAAGAACAACAAGCACGCUCACCUGAAUCGAUGGUUCUCGUAUCUGGAGUCUUUGGAAUCCACUCAAACAGCUAUCGCUGGUUUGACAGCCGCAAAAGCCAGCAAGGCUAGAUCUACCAAGGUUGCAGCUGGAUUUGCCCUUGGUCUCGAGGGUGCAAAGAUGGGCGAAGUAGUCACUCGUUUCCCUCCCGAGCCAAGCGGUUACUUGCACAUCGGCCAUGCCAAGGCUGCACUAUUGAAUCAGUAUUUCGCCAAAAUGUACAACGGAAAGUUAAUCAUUCGUUUCGACGACACUAACCCCAGCAAGGAAACGACUGAGUUUGAGGAUACCAUCCUUGAAGAUCUUUCCCUUCUCGACAUCAAAGGAGACGUGGUCACGCACACUUCUGACUACUUUGAUACCCUAUAUGGCUUUGCCAUCCAAAUCAUCAAGUCUGGUAAAGCCUAUACCGACGAUACCGAGCAAGCUCAGAUGCGUGAGGAGCGUAUGAAGGGAAUAGCCUCAGCCCAUCGAGACGACAGCGUUGAAGAUAACCUCAAGCAUUUCGCCGAGAUGACCGCAGCAUCCCCCGAGGGCCUUCGGUGGUGUCUACGAGCCAAACUGAGUGUAGACGAUAACAACAAAGCUUUACGGGAUCCAGUCAUAUACAGAUGUAACACUUUGCCUCAUCAUCGUACUGGGGAUAAGUGGAAAGUAUAUCCUACCUACGAUUUCGCGUGUCCUAUCGUAGACUCCAUCGAGGGUGUUACUCAUGCACUGAGGACAAACGAGUACCGCGACCGAAACCCGCAGUAUCGCUGGAUGACCGAAGCACUUGGCAUCCGCAACGUCCAAAUCUGGGACUUUAGCCGUCUCAACUUCAUCUACACCUUGCUGUCGAAACGAAAACUGCACCAUUUCGUCAAUACGGGAUUGGUGCGCGGAUGGGACGAUCCUCGUUUCCCGACCGUGCGCGGUAUCCGGCGUCGUGGACUGACUGUUGAGGCCCUUCGCCAGUUCAUGCUCUUGCAAGGCCCAUCCCAAGCGAUAGUUUCAUUGGAAUGGGAUUCCAUCUGGGCGAUGAACAAGAAAGUCAUCGAUCCUGUUGCUCCGCGUCACUGGGCAAUCAUCGGAGCCAACAUCGUCCCUGUCACCAUCAAAGGCGGACCAAGCACGCCCGAGGUGAAAAGUGUGCCGAAACACAAAAAGAACCCUGACGUUGGUGAGAAGAAGACGGUGUAUUCGUCAAACAUCCUUAUCGAUCAGGAGGACGCACAGUCGUUCGACGACCAGGAGGAGGUCACUCUUAUGGACUGGGGCAACGCCAUCGUUCGAUCGAAAACGACCGACGCAGCAGGCCAGGUCACUUCCAUCGAAAUGGACCUUCAUCUUGAGGGUGACUUCAAAAAGACCAAGAAAAAGAUCACCUGGCUCGCUCAACCUACGCCUGAGAACCCUUUGAUCCCGGUCACACUCCUUGACUACGACUACUUGAUCACCAAAAAGAAGCUCGAGGAGAACGACGACGUGAACGACUUUAUCACCCCCGUAACCGAGUUCCGCGAGGCCGCUCUGGCUGAUGCGAAUGUCAAGGACCUGAAGAAGGGCGAUUAUAUGCAGUUUGAGCGGAAGGGAUAUUUCGUGUUUGAUGGCCAGGGGACGGAUGGGAAUUUGGAGUUUAUCAGGAUUCCGGAUGGGAAGGCUGCGGGUUUGGCUAGUAAGGCGACUUCUGUGGCAGUAACGCCUGCUGCUGCUGAGGAGCCGCCGACUAAGAUGUACAAGGUGGAGAGUGUUUAUGGGUCCAAUGUUGUGCCGGAGGCUGAUACGAAGAUGUACAAGGUGAACAGUAUCUACAGUUCAUAAAACUUACAAUAUUCAGCUUAGAAAUGCGUAGAAAUACAGCGGGUAGUUAUAGAAUGUAUGUACAAUUGUGAAUCGCACAGGUAUUGUACAUACCUGGAAUAUGUCAGAGAACACCUGCCUCUUGUGAGGACUCUCGGACGAAUUCCAACAUGAAAGGAAC